AUAUUACCAAAGAUCAAAUUUGCGAUAUAUGUGAUAGACAAGUUACUGUUGAUGAAGUUCGGGAUUUUGUUGAAGCAUCAACUAGCCAAGAGGCAACAGCAUUCGCAGAGUAUUUAAUUAGAAUAGGUAACGGUACUAAACCCACGAUCGAGAAUGACCUUAUUAGGCUUCCUGAUAAGAUAAUUAUUAACUCGCGAGAUGAUAAAGACAAUAUUAGUACGUUGCUAGAAGCAGUCUACCCUAACUUAACCGAAAAUGCUAUUGAUAUUAAAUUCAUCACAGAAAGAGCAAUAUUGACACUACUAAAUUGUGAUAUUGAUAGAAUUAAUAAACAAAUUGUAGAGAAUUUUCUUGGAGAACAAUGUACUUACUAUAGUUUUAACACAUUACCCGAUGAUAAUCUGAACCUCUACCCAAUUGAAUAUCUCAAUUCGUUGAUGCCUCAAGAACUUCCUCUACAUGAGCUUAUUUUAAAAGUUGGUGCUCCUGUUAUGUUACUUAGAAACCUAGAUCCAGACAAUAGUCUUUGCAAUGGAAUGAAACUUAUUUGUCAUGGCUUGCAAACAUAUAUGAUAGAUACUGAGAUU